AUAUUUUUCCGCUUUUACCAUCCACACAUACUACAACCAUACAAAUUCUGUUUUGCUUGAAUUUAAUGGUUUUUAUAGGAUAAACAGGAGGAUACACAAUGGCUCAGCUGGUAAAACAGGAGCAGGAUAAACAUUUAAAGUUUGUGCUUGAUCAACCUGAACAAGUCCUCGUAGAAUUUUGCAAAUUAGCCAUCGAAUAUAUCAGCAGUGGUAUCAAUGAGAAAAAGUGCACCAUAGCCGCAAAAAAACUGGAAACAACCUUCGACACGGUGAAAUCCUGUGUGGAAGCGCUGGUCUGUCUGCUAAUCGAUAGCACUAAGCUGCACAGCAGCGAGAGUGAUUUUCAGACGCUAAAAUCGAUUGAUUUUACGGAUGGACAGAUUGCAAUCCUCUGGCAGUUCGUCAGCAGCAAGCGGAGUCUGGUGGAGAACAUUUUGAAGAACUCUGCCGACGGCGAGCUACAUUUUCGCGAACUGGAAUGGCGAUUGGAAGCUAAGGUUGCUUCGCGAGCGCUGCACAAGCAGGCCACACCAGUGAUUACGAUGAAACUGCACCUGGACAGUGAGGUCGUUAAUGAGCACAAGGAAAAGCUUGAACAGAACGAUAGUUCACCAACCAAUAAGCAGAACACACGGAAGGAAAUUUUGCUACAGACUGACCCAACGAGUCUGGUUCAUCUGAUUCAGGUGCUUGAACAAGCCUUGAUAGAUUCCAAAACCCACAGGGUUAGAAACUUCGUUAAAUCUUUCCAAAAAUAGGCUAGUAUGGUUUAUUUUGUUCAAUCACUACAAUAUAUUUC